AUGAACUAUGUCCUAUCCAUAUAUGAAGAUCAACCACCAUGGGAGAUAUUUGGAGCUAAUUAUGAAGAGAAGUUUCGUUACUUUAUUACUCCUUUGAAGAAGCAGAAGACUGAAUAUACAAGGUUUUCUCGAAUUUGUGCUAAAGGGACGUGGCAAGGGCAAACCGGGAAUCGUACGGCGCCUGUGGUAGGGUUUAAGAGAAACUUGAAGUUUAAAACAAGUGAACGUGGCCAAAAUAACACCUGGUUGAUGGUAGAAUAUCAUGUCGCGGAUAGUUUCUUUAAGGAAAAUAAUCAUAUUCCUAAGGAAGAUUUUGUGGUGUGUCGAAUAAAGAAGAACAAGAAGGGUAAAGAGAAGAACGUGGAUCAUGUUAUGGAGGCACAAGAUGGAGAUGUUGUGGGGAUUAUUGAUCCUAUGUUGCUUGAACCGAAUCAUAAUAACGACUACUCCACGAGGGAAGAUCAAGUUAGGGUUUGUGAUGCAGUUGAGGCUACAACUACCGAAUUUGACAUCCAAAACAGUACUUAUGAAGCUACUACAACGGAGAAGAAAGAGACAGCGUUGGAAGUACAAGAAGGCCACGGAGUUGAUGAUAUUAGAAGCAAUGAACUUCAGGAAGAGAUGUAUAGAGCAUUUGAUGACAUUCCUUUUGAAUUGGUUGUAGAAUUCACACGUUCUACAACAUAUAUAAUACACAUCAAUAGUUCCUUAGAUGGAUUAUGUAGUUGA